AGCCAAAGUUUGUCGGCUGCUUGAAGACACCGGAAAGCUAAAGAACCUCGGCGAGGGUUCUUGAGAGUUGACCAAGAUGGACUCAUUUACUCGUGCUAAAUAAGAAAGCACGCUAGCUAGCUAGCUAUCGAGCUAAUCCGGGCAAAUAAUCCAUUUAUUUUUGUCCUGCGAAUGAACGGAGGCACGGAGGUGUGGAAAGGAGGAGGAGCGCCGCAAUUAGCGCUCUGGCGUCGGGCCAGCGCAAAGCGACGAAAGUCCACUCGAGGAGGCUCCGGUGACGCGGCCGGAGCAGAGAAUGCCUUGUGCCGCUGAGGGCGACCACGAAGACUCGACGCCAUGGCCGUCUGCAGACGGAGGCGACUCAAACUUUCGCUCAGCGCAGCCGCCGUGCUGGCCUUCCUUUUCGUCUACUGGGGCGACUUUCCGGGACAGCUCGACGCCGACGCCGACGCCGAGCCGGCGGACCUGAAGAAGCCGGUGUACGAGAAGCCCCCGCUGGAUCCGGACGCCCCCGGAGAGCUGGGCCGGGCCGUCGAGUUGACGCUGAGCGCCGACGAGAAGCUCAAGCAGGACGAGAGCAUUUCCAAGCAUCAGGUCAACAUCUACGUCAGCGACAUGAUCUCGCUGCAUCGACGCCUGCCCGAGAGGCGGAACCCGCUCUGCCGCGACGUGCAGUACAACUACCGCUCGCUGCCGACGACCUCGGUGGUGAUCGCCUUCUACAACGAGGCCUGGUCCACGUUGCUCAGGACGGUCCACAGCGUCCUGGAGACGUCUCCCGACAUCCUGCUCAAGGAGGUCGUCCUCGUCGACGACUACAGCGACCGAGAUCAACUCAAGGAGCCAUUGGAGGAGUACCUGUCCGGCUUGCGGAAGGUACGUCUGAUCCGGGCCACCAAGAGGGAGGGCCUGGUGCGCGCCCGCCUGCUGGGGGCGUCCGUCACCACGGGCGACGUGCUGACCUUCCUGGAUUGCCACUGCGAGUGCCACGAAGGUUGGCUGGAGCCGCUUCUCCAAAGGAUCGAGGAGGAGCCGACGGCCGUGGUGUGUCCCGUCAUCGACUCCAUCGAGUGGAACACCUUCAAAUAUUUGGGCCACGCCGGCGAGCCUCAGAUCGGCGGCUUCAACUGGGGGAUGGUCUUUACGUGGCACGAGAUCCCAGAUCACGAGAGGAAACGCCGCCGUUCGCCCAUCGACGUCAUCAGGUCUCCCACUAUGGCCGGGGGUUUGUUUGCCAUCCGCAAAAACUACUUCACCUACUUGGGCACGUAUGACGCGGGCAUGGAAGUGUGGGGAGGAGAGAAUCUGGAGUUCUCCUUCCGGAUCUGGCAGUGCGGCGGCAGCCUGGAGGUCCACCCGUGCUCGCACGUGGGCCACGUCUUCCCCAAGAAGGCGCCGUACGAUCGCACCAAGUCGCUGGCCAACAGCGUGCGCGCCGCCGAGGUCUGGCUGGACGAGCAGAAGGAGGUCUACUACAACCGCAACCCCCACGCCCGCGCGGUGGACUUCGGCGACGUGUCGGAGCGCCGUCGGCUGCGCGAGAAGUUGGGCUGCAAGAGCUUCAAGUGGUUCCUGGACAACAUUUACCCCGAGCUCCACGUCCCCGAGGAUCGGCUCGGAUUUUGCGGGAUGCUGAAAAAUGCAGGAAAGGCCAAAUUUUGUUUGGACUACAACCCGGGCGAGGGCAACAACUUUGGCAGAAGAGUCAUUGUGUAUCAGUGCCACGGAAUGGGCCAGAACCAGUUCUUCGAGUACUCGUCGGCCGGCGAGCUCCAUUUCAACAUGAAGGUCUCCAUCGGCUGCGUGGAAGGCGACAACAUCAGCACCUACCUGACGAUGCAGCCGUGCAGAAAACGCGGGGAGCCCGUACUCGCGCACCAGAAGUUUCUCCUCAGAGAGGACGGCAGCCUGCUACACGCGACCAGCCGGAAGUGCGUGGAAGCGGUGGACGGGACGGACGACGGGGUGCCGGCGCCGUGUCUGCGGCCGUGCACGGGCGGCCCGCGCCAGAAGUGGACCUUUCACGAGCGCCGCUAACGGUACCGGUUCCUACGCUUUGGCCAGCCCAAGCAGGAAGCGUCCCAACUUUUAAUUUUUUUAUGAGUGCAGCUGGAUUGUUUAUGACCGGUGUUUUGUGAAGGGGAUGUGUUGCUCUGAUUUGAUUGAAGCAGCCGUAUGGAUUUGGAGAGUUUUUCUGACGAAGAGGAUCUGGAGCGAGCAGCUUUAUUGAUGUUCACUGUGUGUCCUGCAGAGGGCGCCCACGCUCCUCUCUGUGCUUCUCGUUGGACGGCAAAAUAAUGGGGGAGUUUUGACACUGAAAGGGAACAUUUUUAUUUUUAUUUAUUUUAAUUCUCACAUAGGGGCUAGUUUACCUUUUGGGUGUGCAGCUUCAAAAGACUUGAAUGAAAGCCAUAUUUUAAAAUCUUAUUUCUUUUUAGUGCUUAUUUUUCUGUUUUUUCUAUUUUUCUUUAAACAUUUUUUAAUGGUUUUUAUUUUUUCAUUACUUCCCCCUUUUGUUCUUGUUUUCACUGUUACCUUUGGUGUAUUUUUUUUUUCUUAUUUCUAAAUUCUUUUACUCGUUUUCAUUCCUUAUUUUUUUUCAUUUUAUUGCCUCGUCCUUUCCCAGUUUUUUCUUUCAAUUUCUUGCCCUUUUUAUUAUUUUUUAAAAUGUUCCCCUUUUUUUUUGUUCAGUUUUACAUGAUAUAUAUUUUUUCCUCCCUUUUUCCAUUAGUCCCAUGUCAGCCAUAUUUUUAGUGUCAUACAGCGUUUCACUUCAGGCUUGUCGCCGAACUCAUUUUGGUCGCAGCCCACGUUGCAGUUGCGCCCCCCCCCCCCGGCCGUUAUGACUGUCAAACCGUAUAAUCGCUUAACGAGAUUAUUACAAAGAUGAAACAUUUGUGGGUAACUCGUUUUGAAAUCAGAAGUCAAAGAAAACUUUUGCUCAAUUUAUUAUAAAAGGAUUUAGGACGAAAAAAAAUGCUCACAGUAGCUCUGCGUUAUUAACUUGAUCACUGUCAUCCAUUUUUGAGCAUUUGCAAGACCCUCGGAGUAUUUUGUUCUGUGAAAAAAAAAAAAAAGAGGGGAAGACUCUUCUUUCACCAGAAAGUUUGUUUUUAGUGUUUUCCUUUUUUGAUAAACAGUGGUAGAACAGGGCUUGAUUUCACCAAAAACUGGAAAAAGUGAGAUUUUGGUGCAAAGAACAUGUCAAGCGCAACAGUGACUUUGAUGCUCGUACCUCAAACAAGAAAACAAGAUGGCGUAUACAAGUUUAAAAAAAAAAAAAAAAAAAAAAACGCACUCAUGUUGUCAUGGUUAUGUUAUUUGAAGGCAAGGCAGGAGUGGGAAAAAAAAAACAAAAAAAACGCAAACAAGGAACAUGGGUAAAGCAAACUCAACAAAGUUCCACAACAGAUAACCAAAGUAACCCUUAAAUAAACCAAAAAUGGAAACAAAACACGACUGGCAAGUAAGCAAGCGGUCAGGGACGAUGCCAAACUGCAAUGACGACGAACCGACCAGAAGCGAAAGACAGCAGGGAACUAAAUACAAACGGAUUGACGAGACAACGGCGAACACCUGGGCGAGAGCUGAUUGGUCGACACAAGGCAGAAGGUGGAUGACAACAGCCGGACACAAUAACUCAAUGAGCACACGGCAAACAUGGAACAAAACUAAAGGCAACCCAAAGCAAAACAGACCGUGACGCACGUAAGACAACAGCUGAACAUCAGUGGCUUUUUGGUUUGGUUUGGUUUGGUUUGUUUUUUUUACACUCCUCCUCUCCUAAAAAGCUGGCCUCUUUCAGCACGAGGUUUUAUCUUUACGAAAUGUGCAUCGCGGUUUUUCUUGGUAUAUGUAUAUAUAUAUAUAUCGAAGGAGGUAAUAAUGGAAGGAAUUUGGAUGACCUCGUCGUCGUCGGCGUUGACCUUCAGGGGAACUUAUUUUGCACUUUUUUGCAAUUGCUUGUGUAUGUAAAGUCCGCAGUGGCAGUGAGAUGAAGCACGGCGGUAGAAACGCAGCGCAACCACGAAGCACUCGGGGCGGGGAAGUUGGGUAUGCUUAUAUGGAGUUGAAUGGCUCAUAAAGGGUGAAAAUGGCAGCCGAGCAACCUCCUGGAAGGAGGUUCGAGUCGCAUUCAUAGGAAAGCGAGGGCGUUCUUUUUCUAUACAGCCUUACUGUGCUAUGACUUCGCUUUUUAAUGAACAAAUUCCAAAUGAUGAUAAAUAACGCUGGAAUGUAACGUGUUGUCAAGAACCGUGGUGGCCUUACGCGUUUGUUGUGGAAAACCAGCAUUUUUUGAUGGUAAAAAGGGAAUUUAUGAAUUAUUGAAUCUUUUUGUACCUCAUAUCAGUGCAAUAAAUCUGGACCUAAAUCUGUAA